AUGGCAGGCAGAGCAAAGGUAUUCUUUGAGAUUACUCAAGGUGGAAAGAACUUGGGCAGAGUCACAAUGGAGUUGUUCAACGACAUCGUUCCCAAGACCUCUGAGAACUUCAGAGCUCUGUGCACUGGUGAAAAGGGUAUGGGCAAGAUGGGCAAGCCCCUGCACUACAAGGGUUCAACCUUCCACCGUGUCAUCAACAACUUUAUGAUCCAAGGUGGUGACUUCACUCAUGGUGUUGGCAUCGGAGGCGAGUCAAUCUAUGGCAACAAGUUCAACGACGAGAACUUCACUGCCAAGCACGAGAUUGGAUCCCUUUCAAUGGCUAACGCUGGAAAGAACACCAAUGGAUCACAGUUCUUCAUUACCACCACCAAGACUUCGUUCUUGGACGGCAAGCACACUGUGUUUGGCAAGGUUCUCUCUGGUAUGGAGGUCGUUCAUGCCAUUGAGAAGACUGCCACCAACAGACAGGAUGGCCCAAUUACCCCAGUGAUCAUCUCUGACUGUGGUCAACUCGAUUAA